CUUACCACCAUUUAUUUUGCACUCCUUCAUUCAAUUCUCAGCGGAUCACGCGACUGCGUCAAGCAUUGGGGCGUGCUCUCAGUAUUUCUAACCCUAACCGGGUUAGCGUUACACCACGCCCAUGUCAUCCUGUUUAACAAACAACUGUAUAGUCUAAGCUACAUGCUAACCACUGCCGGGGUAUGCGGACUGAUCUUCGCGUGCCUAUAUGUGCUUGUAGACACGCCUCAUGCCCUACAGCAAACAAGCCGGAGAUAUCUGGCACCUCUGCAGUACCUGGGGAUGAAUGCCAUAUUCGUAUUCGUAGUACACGGUGUGGCGGAAGCUAUCUUGCACUCCAUAUACAUCAAUACCGGUCCUAACCCGAUAGACUAUACCACACAACGGUUGACGGUGCUUACUUGGUUACGGGAUAAUGUGCUGGCCAACAUAUCGGGAGAGUACAGUCAGUUGCUGUACGUGCUGUUCAAGAUACUGUGCUUUAUACUAGCGACGGGGUAUCUGUAUAGGAUCAAGUGCUUCUACAAGAUCUGA